AAGAACUCUAAAAAAAGUGAAAAAAUUAGGAGGGAAGGGAUUACAUUUUUUGUUUGAUUUCAUCAAAAAAGUAGACAACUUGGCCUUCUAUUAUGGCGGGAAAAUGUCCACGGAGUCCCUAGUCUCAUAUAAAACCCUAGCUCGUCUUCAAGACCCACAUAAUCUCAACCCUCCUCACUCCUCUCUGCGAUCACCUUCUCUAUUGUUUUCACCGAUAAAUUGGUGCCCUAACAUGUCUCGAAAAGCCAUGUUCGACCUCUUUUCUCGAAGAAUAUAGGUUUUUUUGGCUCUGUACAACAGUCCUCAUCAGUUGUUUCGGGUUUGUUCAAUCGAAUUUGGGGCUUUCACUGAGAAAAUUUGUUUUUUGAUCUCAUUUGGAUAAAAAUGGCUGAUGUGUUUGAAGAGGAAGCUGAAGCUGAGCCCACGGUUUCAAUCCACAAGUACCUCAAGGAUGUUGAGGAUCAGGAAUUGAUUGUGGAAUUGUGGACCAAGAGAAACUUUAGGUGUGAUUGUGGAAACUCAAAGUUUGGGGAGUUCUUUUGCAAGCUUUUCCCAAACAAAGAUAUCGAAAAUGUGGAGAAUUCAUAUAAUCAUAACUUCAAAGGUUCAUAUUGCACCUGCGGUCGCCCCUAUCCUGAUCCAGAAGCCGAGGAACAGGUAGAGAUGAUUCAGUGCUGUAUUUGUGAGGACUGGUUUCAUGAGGAACAUAUUGGGCUUGAAUCUUCUGAUGAGGUUGGUAGUAUAUCUCUUUCACAUGUCUUUCAAUCCUUUUCUAUAAGGCUGCCUUCUAGUUUAAUUUUGUUUAUAUCUUAUAUCUGUACAAGUCAUUCCAAUGAUUACAUGCCCAGCGGUAAAAGGUGUGGAGUUUUAUAGGGGAGAAUUAUCCAU